UUAUCAGGCGUAGCGGUCUAUCAGUGUUAUUAAUGCUCAUUUGUCUUUCACACUCCAAGUUCAAUUCCCACUCCAUCAAACUUCUUUAUUUGCUGCACAAACACGGCUCGGCAGUUUCGAGAUUGAGGAUAAUUAUGGAUCGUUUUCUUCUGACUGUGUUCCUCUGCGUUAGCUUGGUGCCGCUUAUUUUCAGCGCCGAGUGGGACUACGUCGUAGGUGGCCCAAACGGCCCUGCAAAUUGGAACGGUACAUGUGCAACCGGAAAGAAACAAUCACCUAUUAACAUAAAUGUGGCUGCAACAAAAUAUCAAAUGAUGCCCUCUUUUGUUCUCAAAAAUUACCGCGUGAAGCCUGAAAACGAGUAUACCCUCGUUAACAACGGCCAUAGUCUAGUAGUUAAUCUCCCUGCGGGUUACUUCAAAGUUAGCGGCGGGGGAUUGACAGGAGAAUUUGAAACCGUGCAGUUUCACCUUCACUGGGGGUCAAGUAACGAUAAGGGAUCAGAACACACUAUGGACGAAAAGGCAUACCCUGCUGAGAUACACUUUGUCAGCUACAACACCAAAUAUGCAAACAUAAGUGUUGCACUUCCCAAAUCUGACGGUCUUGCUGUUCUUGGUGUGUUUAUCGAAGUUGGAGGUGAUUAUAACCCAGCAUACGAAUUUCUGAAAUAUGCCAAAAAUGUCACCGAAGCAUCGAAUCAGACUAGUAUUAUGCCAUUCAAGCUGGAACCGAUGUUGCCAGACACACGCGACAAGUUUUUCCGUUACAAUGGAUCUUUAACCACUCCCACGUGUGAUGAGAGCGUCACCUGGACAGUCUUCAAAGACAGCGUCAAAAUAUCAGAGACUCAGAUGGGCUAUCUGCGUAAGCUGAACUUCACAAGCGGUUUACCUAUGGUUAACAAUUACCGUCCAGUUCAGAAGUUGAAUGACCGCAAAGUUUAUAACAGUUUCGAAAAACCUACGUCAACCGUAGUAGCUCCAACAACAGUAGCAGCUCCAACAACAGUAGCAGCUCCAAAAACAGUAGCAGGUGCAGGCAUUCUUGACAUCAGCGUUGGUCUUUUCUCACUGAUGCUGUUUACCGCAGUGUUUGGUGGUUAACUUUUCGCGUUGCUCAAAUGUAAUUUUGUUCUUUUUUUGUUUUUGUUUUUUUUUCAAGUUUUACGAUCAUCAUUAUUCUUUUAGGCAGAAGUUGGUAAACUAAAUGUGCUUUUUACUAAUGUGAUUUAGUUUUCCCGGUAUUUGGAAAAAAACAAUUGGCUGGGUAAGAGAUGACUGGUACCUUUGUAUUUCAGUUUAUUUGUUGGUGGCUAAUUGACAGCUCGACCAAUGUUCUAUUAACCACAUUAGAAGAGGUGAUGUCGAUAUCCACAAUUUAUACAGACUUAUCUACUCGCUUAGCUCAUUUUUCCAAUCAGAGAUGACUUGGACAUAUGCAAGGAAAAUGUUUGUCAGAAUUCAAUUUUUUAAUCUUUCACCGUGUGUUUUAGUGCGACGUUUCUUGCGUGCUUUGUUAACGUUGUAGUUCAGCCACAAUGCUCGUAGACUUUGAGUAAAUAUUUUGUUGCACCUACAAAAUGUC